UCUCCAUCUUGUCAUAUUUUUUAUAGUGUGUGUGUGUGUGGUGUGGUGUGUGUUUUGACAACAAUGGCAGACGCGCGGCUCUCUGAACUGCAGCAGCAGCAGAAGCUCGAGGACGACGCGUUUGCUGCCUUCCAGCAGUCGCUCAAUAGCAUUGAUCGGUUGCUGACCGAGCCGAAGGCCUCCAGCACCAAGGACAGCCUGCGAGUUGCAGCGUCCCAACAAGCGCACACAAACCACCAGCCUGCCCCAAGUCCAGCGGCGACUGCUGCGCCGUUUCUCCUGCACGAUUGGAACACGGCCUUCCAGACCGACUUUAUUCCAUUCUUUCCAGCCAGUACUGAUGCAGCCAGCUCGGCAGCGUCGACUCAAGCUGCUCCAGCGCCAGCUGCUACUGCGCCUGCGGUUUCUGCUGAUUUUGACAUGGAUUUACCCGACUGGAACCAAUUGAUUGCCGACUUUGAGACCGUUCGAGACGAACUCGAAGGCAAAGCCGCGGCUCCAGCGCCUUCCCUCGCGACCCAGGCGCCUGUUGCCCGGCGGAGCGCUGCCGAUUUGCUCGAGGCGGUCUUGGCCGAACACCAGCGAGGCAUUGCCAAUGUAGCUGCGAUGCUGUCAACCCCAUCUGACCUCCCAUCAGCCAAUAUUGCAUCACCAGCACCAGAAGUUUUGCCUCCGCCCGCCCCAGUUGUUGAGCACGUCGCACCUGCAACAACUCAGCAACAGCAGCAGCAACAGCAGCAGCCUAUAUCAUUGACUGAAGUCAAACCUCAACAGCCGGAGGAGGACAUUUUUGAAAGUGCAGAGGCGCUCCUGGCGGCGGUGAAUGCCAUGACGUCGGAAGACGCAGCAAAAAUGGUUGCUGCAUCCAUGUACACUCCUGCGGCGGCAGAGAUUUCCGGCAUUCAACUCUUGGGUGCAACUCACCAGCAACCUGAAGCACCAGCUGCUGCGCAGUCAAUAGAGCAACUUGCGGCGCCUGCCGUGAAAUCAGCCUCAGCUCCCCUUCCUGCCGAUCAGUCGCCUCCUUCCGGUCUUGCUGACACAAACAUUGAUGAGAUGAGUGAAAAGGAAAUCAAUCUGGUGAUUGCUCACUGCGAAAGGCAGAUUGCGCUCGAGGCACGCAUUCAAAGCGGCCUGGACACGAUCAUCACCCUGUCGAGCGCUGAUGAAGACGCUGAGGUUCGACUCGAGAAUGAGCUCAGGCGCACUGAGUGUCUGCGACGACUGAGCGAUCUGCACGCUCGCUUGUCUCAAUGUACAGCAAGGCUCCGCAAGCUGGCGGUCACUAGUCAAAUGUCCCCUCAACAGUCCGGCACCGAAGAACCGGUGUUGGCAGCAGUGUCCGCCCCAGCCGCUGCGGCUGCAGUCAUCGUGGCCGUCCCGGUUGCUGAAACUGGAGUGGCGACUCAACUGGAUGAUGAUGCGGCCACUGAGGUCAAAACUAUCGUCUCUGCCACCGCACCGAUCGCCGUUGAAGUGCAGCCGAUUUCGGUUGAUGCAUCUCAAGUCGAACCGCACAUUGACUUUACUUCGAGGCGCCUCGUGUCGAUUGAGCAAACCAGCGUUGCUGAGCCAGUGGAUGCGUCGUCCACCAUUGAAAGUGUCUCCACCGUCGAAAGUGCCUCCGCCGUCGAAAAUGCCUCCACCAUCGAAAGUGCUGCCCCGCCUUCUACACUGGCUGUCGAACCUGUCCCUGCGAUGCCCUCUGUCGCUCCCACUUUCACCGAAUCCGCACCGCCGCUUUUGAAAGAACCAGCCGCGAGCAUUUCCACGUUCGAUGUGGCUUCUCAAAUUGCGUCGAUGGCAGCAGCCAUGCUUGCCGAAAGCCAAGCCGAGCAGCACGCGCAACAAACCGCGGCCGCCACCUUCGCAAAGACAGAACAAUCCACAAUAUCCAGCGCAGUUGAACCCACUCUGCCUGUGGCAGGACCCACAGUACCUCUUGUCGGAGUGGGAUUGACACGGCAAGCCGCUGUUGUCGAAGAGGCAGUGGACAUGGACCAGCUCGUCGCCGACUUCCUUGCAGAUUCGUCGUGGGAUGUCCCCGCGCCCGCCUCGUCCACGUCGUCCUCCUCCGCCACUGCGACGACCGUUGCAUCAACAUCCAUUUCGACAGAGCAGGUUGUCGCCACCCCACUUACCCAAACGACCUCGGCUCCGACGACUUCUAAAAAUGACAACCACGAGCAACCGCUUGUUCGAACUUCGACAUCGGUGGCGUCCCUUGUCUCGACGUUUUCGGGCCAACGAUCGCCGUCAAUCACUCACCUCAACGGAAUUGCCUCGGGCAAGCCCGACGCCGUCCCCAGCGUCUCUCCAAACAAGGAAGAAAUCGUGCGGUCUGCCGUGAGCAUUGCGUCGCUGACGGCCAAGUUCAACAGCAACGACGCUGUUGCUGCAGCGGCAAUGGCGUCGGCACCACGACAGCGCGGCAACACUGAGACGUGGAAACGCGCGUCCGAGAUCUCAACGACCAGUGUCAACGCGUCCCAUCCUUCUGAUGCUCGCAAGAGUGUCUACCUGCGAAGCCAAUCAGACAACCAAGCACUUCAAUCGUCUGGCGCCGGUGAUGCCUCGGCCACUGUACCCAGUUCGGAACCGGCUGAAGUUGCCGCAAGCUCUGAGCCACUGGAGCCCGCUGAGCCUUUCUUGAAAGUGUCCAUUCCUCGAGCGGUGCUUGUCGACGGCGGCUUGUCCUCCAUGCACACUGCCUUUGAGAUUCAAGUUUCCACCAACUUGCCAUUCUUCUUGAAGAACGAGUCUACCAUCCAAAGACGCUUCUCGGAAUUUGACUGGCUGUUGACCAAACUGACCAGCAUGCAUGGCGCGUUACCAGUCCAGCUGCCAAGCAAAAAGACGCUUGGGCGCUUUGAGCCCAGCUUUGUGGAAGAACGGCGCAAGGCUCUGGAAGCCAUUCUUUGCGUGCUGGCUGCCAACCCGCUGUACCAGCGCGAGCGAGUCCUCCAACUGUGGUUGCAGUCGGCUACCUCUGUGUCUGGCAUGAUGGCGCAGCUGAGCUUCUCGACAGUGGAUGAGGACGACUCGUUGCGGUCUGCCGUGUCGUCCAUGGAGCGUGGUGUGUCCAGCGAAAACGAGCGGCAAAAGCUGGAGGACAAGAGCGCCGAUCACGCUGUGCUGUCUUCGCUAUCUGUCAUUCGCUUGAAGCGUAUUCUUGCUUCUGAGAAACUCACAGCUGAAGGAUGCUUUGAAAAGAAGGACUUGGUUGACCGCAUCUGGCAGCAUCGAAAUCGCACCGUGGAUGCCAAGUAUGGGGUUGCAGCCUCUGUCACGCCGAUUCCUACUCAAUCGACCUCGUCUGGCAAGACGGCCUCCACGGACGCAACCGCUUCCACGCAGAAGAAAAAACCAGCCCCAGACGCAGACGACGUGGCCACCAAAUGGAGCCAAAUUGCCUCGUGGGACGCUACUCGUUUGUUGCACAACAUUUACACGGAUGUUCGCCCGCGCAUCAUCCAAAAGAAGGAUCCCAAGAAACUGACCAAGGUCGGCUGGUUGGACAAGCAGGCGCGCGGACAGAGCAAAAUCAGCUUUGGCAAGUUACUCAAAGGCUGGAAGAAGCGUUGGUUUACAUUGGCCGAUGGCUCUCUGCUGUACUAUGAGAGUGACAAGCACACUCGCUCGCUCGGAUUUUUGCGUGUGCGCGGUGGCAAGGUCGUUGCCCGCGCUGGCGGCUUGGAGGUUUUCGACGCUGCCGGCCGCUCAGUCAUCAUUCGCAUGGCGUCUGACCAGUUCACGCCGGCUCACGAGGAUGCUCGCAACUUGCGCGAGUGGCAGGUGGCACUUGAAAAGGAAAGCAAGACGACCGGCAUGGAAGAAAACGAGUACGACGAGGCCUCGGCCAUCAUUAUUGACAGCGGCUCGGCAGACGUGAAGGCCGGCUUUGCACUCAAGGCUCCGCACGAGCCAUGGCCGAAUUCGUACUUUCCAACGGUGGUGGGAGUUCACAAGGAGGCCCAUCUCAGCAACUUUGUUGGCAUGGAAGCCCUCCGCCCACAAAAUCGCCCGUUCUGCACAUUGACCUCACCGUUCGAUCCCAAAGCGUCGUACUCGUUCGAGCACAUGGAGGAAAUCUGGCGCCAGGCAUUCACCCAGCUUGGCGUGGACUCUGCGCAGCACGCACUCAUCAUGACUGCGCCGCAAUUCGCAACGAUGGCCAACAAGCGUGCCAUGGCUGAAAUCAUGUUUGAAAAGUUUGGUGUUCCCGCCCUCUACGUGCAGCAACAAGCCGUCCUCUCCAUGUACUCGUACAGCCAGAUUUCUGGCAUUUCGGUCGACGUGGGAGAGCGUGUCGAUGUCGUUCCCAUCGACGAAGGCUAUGUGCUCAAGCAAGGAAUGACCCAGCUGCAGUACGGUGGCAAAGACAUUACAACAUAUCUUGGCCGGCUAAUGUCCGAGUCUGGCUACCGCUUCUUCUCUGGCAUUGAGUCGAGCAUUAACCGUUAUGUCAAAGAGAAGAUUUCGUAUGUCUCGCUGGACUUUUCAGCGGAUCUUGCCACAGCAUCGCAGUAUCAGGAGUUUACUGUCGGAGAUCAACCCGAGACGCCCGCUGCAGAGUCGAACGCGUCCACCAGCCGCCAGGCGAGUCUCAGCCGUCAGGCUAGUGUCGCCAGCCAGGCCGGUGGGAAUCGCCAGUCAUUGUUCACCGGUAGCAGCUUUGAUACGACAAAGCUUACGGACGCACCCACUGUCCAGUCGUCUCCAUUUGAAACCACGUUGAAUCUCGACCGGUUUAACUUGCCUGACGGCACUCAGUCUGUGAAAAUUGGCUCUGCUCGCUUCCGCUGUGCCGAGGGCCUUUUCAAUCCACUCUUGUUUGGCAAGGACAACCCUGGCAUUCAUCAUCUUGUUGCCAAAGCCAUCACCGCCACCUCUGUCGACAUGCGGCGGACAAUGGCACGCAACAUUUAUCUUUCGGGCGGAUCCACAAUGUUCCCCGGCUUCCCUCAACGCCUCGAGCAGGAACUUCGUGUCCUGAUGCCCAACUUGGCCUCGUACAUCCAAGUUCAUGCGCAUGAAAACCGCAAGUUUGCCGCCUUCCUUGGAGCCUCGGUGGUCGCAGGUCUGGAUACUUUCGAUCAAAUGGCUAUUUGGAGCGAAGAUUACGAAGAGCGAGGCUUUGAUCAAAUCGUUACCAGCAACUCGGCAUGGGCAUGAGUUUGAUGGUCGCUACUGGAGCAUCUCGAUUGGAAAAGUUUGCCACGAGCUACGUGUAAAGGAAUUGUGGUUGUGGGUCACUCGUUGUUGUAGGUUCGAUGUGUAUUUUGUGAAUGAAAAGCAGUA